AUGGCGCUGUCUCAAGGAACAAAGAAAAAAGUUUGCUAUUAUUAUGACGGUGAUGUGGGGAACUAUUACUACGGCCAAGGCCAUCCCAUGAAACCCCACAGGAUUCGUAUGACACACAACCUCCUCCUCAAUUAUGGACUGUACAGGAAAAUGGAGAUCUAUAGACCACAUAAAGCCAGCGCUGAAGAGAUGACGAAGUACCACAGUGACGACUACAUCAAGUUCCUGAGGUCCAUCCGCCCUGACAACAUGUCUGAGUACAGCAAACAGAUGCAGAGAUUUAACGUUGGAGAGGACUGUCCGGUUUUUGAUGGUCUCUUUGAGUUUUGCCAGCUGUCAACAGGCGGAUCAGUCGCUGGAGCCGUGAAGCUGAACAAGCAGCAGACAGACAUCGCCAUUAACUGGGCGGGGGGGCUCCACCACGCCAAGAAGUCUGAGGCGUCUGGUUUCUGCUACGUCAACGACAUCGUCCUGGCCAUCCUGGAGCUGCUGAAAUACCACCAGAGGGUGCUGUACAUAGACAUCGACAUCCACCAUGGAGACGGAGUAGAAGAGGCCUUCUACACCACAGAUCGGGUCAUGACGGUUUCUUUCCACAAAUAUGGGGAAUACUUCCCCGGCACUGGAGAUCUGAGGGACAUCGGCGCAGGAAAGGGCAAGUACUACGCUGUGAACUACCCUCUGAGGGACGGCAUUGAUGAUGAAUCCUAUGAAGCCAUCUUCAAACCGAUCAUGGCUAAAGUCAUGGAAAUGUACCAGCCCAGUGCGGUGGUUCUGCAGUGUGGAGCAGAUUCUCUCUCUGGAGACAGACUGGGCUGCUUUAACCUCACCAUUAAAGGCCAUGCGAAGUGUGUCGAAUACAUAAAAAGCUUCAACCUUCCCCUGCUGAUGCUCGGCGGAGGCGGCUACACCAUUCGUAACGUAGCCCGUUGCUGGACCUUUGAAACGGCCGUCGCCCUGGAUUCCUCCAUCCCAAACGAGCUGCCCUACAACGAUUACUUCGAAUACUUCGGGCCCGACUUUAAGCUGCACAUCAGCCCGUCCAACAUGACCAACCAGAACACCAACGAGUACCUGGAGAAGAUCAAACAGCGGCUCUUUGAGAACCUCCGCAUGCUGCCUCACGCCCCAGGAGUCCAGAUGCAGGCCAUCCCCGAGGACGCUCCUCACCCCGACAGCGGAGACGAGGAUGAGGAAGACUCCGACAAACGCGUCUCUAUCCGAGCCCACGACAAGAGGAUAGCGUGUGAGGAGGAGUUCUCCGACUCCGAGGACGAGGCAGAGGGCCAAGGAGGAGGCCGCAGGAACGCAGCCAACCACAAGAAGGCAAAAAGGGUGAAGAAGGAGGAAGAGAAAGAAGGAGAGGAAAAGAAAGAAGUGAAAGAAGAAGAGAAGGAAGAGGAGAAGAUGGAUACGUCUGGACCAAAUGAGGAGAUAAAGACGACCUGAAGAGUUGCUGUCGGCCCACAGCUUCCUGUUUACCUCCUGCAACAAGAGCGUCUUUUUAUUGUUCCUGUUUUCCUUCGUUCCUGCAAACAAACCUGGUUUACAUUGUUUUUGUUGUUUUCCACGAGACAAGCAGCAGGUGGGUGGGAGCGUGCGUGCGUGCGUAUUAAUGAUCAUGUUUAAGCCCCGCCCACCUGCUGCCCACUGUUUCCAUGCUGGAAUAUUUAGAUUAAAGUCUGUGAGGCUGCGGUUCUAGAUGGUUUCCCCUCACAGAAAGACUUAACUGGUAGUUUUUGUAACUAUUUAUGACGCAUCGACACCUUGCUGUUGUUUCAUCAGUGACUGCAUGCUUAGAUUCGCCUCUCCUUCAGCAUGUACAUAUUCCUCAGUCCCCAAAUCUGCUCCAUUAAGUUAUUUUAAAUCAAGAAGCAGCUCAUCGUCCCAUAAUUCUCUGCUCUGUGAACCGAUUUCCUUCCUGUUUUGUUUUUUUGCAUUCAUGAGUGCGUGUGAACCUCUGCGGAGGAGGAUGUUGCUGAGCAAAUGAAUUAUUUUAGAGAUUUUGUAUCAUUUUACAGAAAAAAAAAGUAGAGAAAGCCAGGAAGUGAAUGCCGGUGUGGCUGUUGUAUCCUUGUGAAAUGUGUAUCUUUGUCAUAAAAAAAA